UGUGUAUUUCACCCCGGGGCAGGGGGCGCUGCUGGGCCCCGCUCAGAGAGCCCUCUACAGGGACGUCAUGCAGGAGAACUACGAGGCGGUGACCUCGCUGGGGUUUCCCGUUCCCAAACCUGAGCUGAUCGCCCGGCUGGAACGAGGGGAAGAGCCCUGGGUGCCCGACCUCCAGGCCGGGGAGGAAAGAGAGAUCCUGAGAGGCACCCGCGCAGCAGGUGAUCCUAUAAAGGAGGAAGAGACUCAAUAUGAGGAAGAUCCAGGAGAGAUGGAACCGCAGGCGACCUUUGUGGGAAGAGCUGAAGGGAAUGUUUCCCAGUGCUUGGAACAGGGAGAAGCCUGGGGAAACUGGCCCAGGCCGGAGAGGCUGCUAGGAAACCACCCAAGUGAGCAAAUGGAUGAAUCUCUUAAAUGCGGAGAAGGACGCAAGAAUCCCACAGCCCAGCAGAGAAACCCCAAGGAAGAGAAACACCAGGAAUGGCUCAGAUAUGGGAAGGGAUUUAUUGUGAGCCCAGAGCUUAUUACAGUGCAGACAGUAGGUGCUGGGGAGAAACCCCUUCAAUGCUUGGACCAUGGGGAAAGCAUCAAUAGCAGCUCAGAUCUUAAUACUGAUGGGAGAAGCCAAAUGGGAGAGAGAGGCUCUCAGUGCCGUAAGAGAGGGAACUCUCUGAAUUGGAAGUCAGCCCUGAGGACCCCUGAGAAAACCCACACAGGAGAAAGCCCCAAUAAAUGUGUGGAGUGUGGGAAAUGUUUCAAACGGAGAUCAGCCCUGAUUAAACAUCAAGCCGUCCACCUAGGAGAGAGUCCCCAUAAGAGAUCCGAUUGUGGAAAAACUUUCCGGCAGAGAUCAGUCCUUGUUAAACCUCAAGCAGUGCGCACUGGAAAGAGACCCUAUAAAUGCUCAGACUGUGGGAAAAUUUUCAAACGGAAAUCUGCCCUUGUUUCACAUCACAAAAUGCACACAGGAGAGAGCCCCCAUCAAUGCUUAAUCUGUGGGAAAAGUUUAAAAUGGAGGUCAUCCCUUGUUUUACAUAUGAAAAUCCAUACAGGGGACAGACCUCAUAAGUGCUUAGACUGUGAGAAAAGUUACAUACAGAGGUCAGAUCUCAUUAAACAUCAGGCCAUCCACACAGGAGAGAGACCCCAUAAAUGCUUGGAGUGUGGGAAAAGUUUCAUACAGAGGUCAGAUCUCAUUAAACAUCAGGCCAUCCACACAGGAGAGAGACCCCAUAAAUGCUUGGAGUGUGGGAAAAGUUUCAUACAGAGGUCAGAUCUCAUUAAACAUCAGGCCAUCCACACAGGAGAGAGACCCCAUAAAUGCUUGGAAUGUGGGAAAAGUUUCACAGAGAAGUCAUCCCUUUUCUCUCAUCAGAAAAUCCACACUGGAGACAGACCCUAUAAGUGCUUAGACUGUGGAAAAGGUUUCAUUUGGAAGACAUCUCUUGUUUCACAUCAGGUAAUCCACACAGGAGAGAGACCACAUAAGUGCUUGGAGUGUGGGAGAAGUUUCAUACAUAGGAGACACCUUCUUAAACAUCAGGCAGUCCACACAGAAGACAGACCCCAUAAGUGCUUGGAGUACUGUGGGAAAAGUUUCAUACGGCGGUCAGACCUCAUUAACCAUCAGGUAAUCCACACAGGAGAGAGACCCCAUAAAUGCUUAGACUGUGGGAAAAGUUUCAUACGGCGGUCAGACCUCAUUAACCAUCAGGUAAUCCACACAGGAGAGAGACCCCAUAAAUGCUUAGACUGUGGGAAAAGUUUCAUACGGCGGUCAGACCUCAUUAACCAUCAGGUAAUCCACACAGGAGAGAGACCCCAUAAAUGCUUAGACUGUGGGAAAAGUUUCAUACGGCGGUCAGACCUCAUUAACCAUCAGGUAAUCCACACAGGAGAGAGACCCCAUAAAUGCUUAGACUGUGGGAAAAGUUUCAUACGGCGGUCAGACCUCAUUAACCAUCAGGUAAUCCACACAGGAGAGAGACCCCAUAAAUGCUUAGACUGUGGGAAAAGUUUCAUACGGCGGUCAGACCUCAUUAACCAUCAGGUAAUCCACACAGGAGAGAGACCCCAUAAAUGCUUAGACUGUGGGAAAAGUUUCAUACGGCGGUCAGACCUCAUUAACCAUCAGGUAAUCCACACAGGAGAGAGACCCCAUAAAUGCUUAGACUGUGGGAAAAGUUUCAUACGGCGGUCAGACCUCAUUAACCAUCAGGUAAUCCACACAGGAGAGAGACCCCAUAAAUGCUUAGACUGUGGGAAAAGUUUCAUACGGCGGUCAGACCUCAUUAACCAUCAGGUAAUCCACACAGGAGAGAGACCCCAUAAAUGCUUAGACUGUGGGAAAAGUUUCAUACGGCGGUCAGACCUCAUUAACCAUCAGGUAAUCCACACAGGAGAGAGACCCCAUAAAUGCUUAGACUGUGGGAAAAGUUUCAUACGGCGGUCAGACCUCAUUAACCAUCAGGUAAUCCACACAGGAGAGAGACCCCAUAAAUGCUUAGACUGUGGGAAAAGUUUCAUACGGCGGUCAGACCUCAUUAACCAUCAGGUAAUCCACACAGGAGAGAGACCCCAUAAAUGCUUAGACUGUGGGAAAAGUUUCAUACGGCGGUCAGACCUCAUUAACCAUCAGGUAAUCCACACAGGAGAGAGACCCCAUAAAUGCUUAGACUGUGGGAAAAGUUUCAUACGGCGGUCAGACCUCAUUAACCAUCAGGUAAUCCACACAGGAGAGAGACCCCAUAAAUGCUUAGACUGUGGGAAAAGUUUCAUACGGCGGUCAGACCUCAUUAACCAUCAGGUAAUCCACACAGGAGAGAGACCCCAUAAAUGCUUAGACUGUGGGAAAAGUUUCAUACGGCGGUCAGACCUCAUUAACCAUCAGGUAAUCCACACAGGAGACAGAAACAGUAAGUGUUAAGCUGUAGAGAAUGUUUUGCAUGGGCGUCUAACAUUCUUAAAGAACAGGCAAUGCGCACAGGAGAAUCACCUCAUGAUUGCUUUGACAAUGGGAAAAACAUUUUACAUGAAGGUCAGCCCUGGUUUUACAUCAGAAAAUCCAUACUGUAGAAAGAUCCUAUAAGUUCUCCAACUGGAAAAGCUUCAUGUAGAACUCAACCCUUCUUGGUCAUCAGGCCAUCCAAACAGGAGAACCCUCAUCAACGCUUAAUCUGUGCACUAAGUUUCAUGUGGAAGUCAGAGCUUCGUAAACAUCAAGUACUCCACAAAGGAAGGAGACCCCAUUGGUUUUUGGAAUGUGGGAAGCGUUUCACAGGAAGAUGAAAUGUUAUAACUCUUCAGAGGAUCCACAGAAGAGAGAGACCCCGUGAGUGAUCGGAGUGUUAGGAAAGUUUGAUAUGGAGGUCAAGUUAUCGUAAGGAUCAGGAAUCCAUCCAGAAGGGAAAUCCCAUAUGUGCUUGGACUAUGGGAAAAUUUUCAUAUGGACUGCUUGGGCUGUGGGAAAGUUUUCAGAAACAGAUAAGCCUUUCUCAAUAUCAGGCUGUCCACAUGGGCGAGAAACCCAGUAAGUGCUUAGGAUAAUUUCAGAAACUGAUCACUCUUCAUUUUACAAACGGGAGAACAGGAAAGUAAAGACAAUGGGUUUCAGGAAGGCAGACUUUAGUAAAUUCAGAGAGCUGGUAGGUAAGGUCCCAUGAGAAUUAAAACUAAGAGGAAAAACAGUUGAAGACAUUUCUGUUUUUCAGAAGGGCAUUACAACUAUUCCACUGUGUAGGAGAGAUAGGAAGUAAGGCAGGAGACCACUUUGGCUUACCUAGGAGAUCUUACGUGGUCUAAAUAUCAAAAAGGAGUUGUAUAAAAAGUGGAAAGGAGGUCAAAAUACAAAGGAUGAAUAUAAGCAAACAACACAGGUGUGUAGGGUCAACAUUAGAAAGGGG